CACCCGAACCGUUUGGCUUGUGUAUUCAGCAAUAACCUCUGUUGUAAACAAUAAACAACUGCAGGUAAAAACAUUUAACUUAACUGAAAACCUGCGCUGAAGACACCUUGAAGGCCUUUUACCGCUUCUGCCAAGAUUAAAAAGUUCAAACCAUGGCUGACGAGGAUUAUUGCACGCCAACGCGGAGGGUAACGCGGAGCAUGACGGAUAAUUUGCAGAUGAAAACCGGAUCAGUUGUGUGCGAGGAGGUGAAACUGUCCGCUCUGCUGAAGGCAACAAAAAUAUGCGAAGAUCAGAGGGAAAAUAAAAAACAAGAAGAGAUAAAGCGAAAAGAGGAGCUCGAAGCCUUCACGAAAUUAAUCUCAAGCGAGCCACCCAGAAAUAAAUCAUCUCCCGGCGCAAACAAGAGUCCCUCGAGAACGGAGGAAAUUGUGGACGCAGGCUCAAAGCAGAGAAGGAUUUUGGAGGAGCUGGAAGAGGAGAGGCUGCGUCAGGUGGAGGAAGCGGUCGCUGAGAGGGUGGACCAAUUCAGGGCCAACUCGCUGGCGAUUCGAACGCGUCUCGAGUUGAGCUCGAAGCAGCGAGAGAAGGAAAGGUUUCAGAUUGAAGAUGAACUUAAAGAGGAAAUGAAUAAAAUCGACGCCGUGGAGCGACACAGGACGUCUCUUGUUCUUCAGCUGCAGACGACCAAAAAUGCAGAGCAAGAAAAGAAAAUUGAGAAAAUCAUCGAGGAUGCCAGCAAGAUGGAAAUGAAAAGGAAAGAGGAGUUGAAGGCCAAAAGAGAAUUGCUUGAGAAGAUUGUGGCCAACCAGUUGAAGUUCAGGGAAAUUUACCAAGAGUUGUCUGAUUGCCUAAGGUCUUUCCCUUACAAAGAAGACCUCAUGUCAGAUGGAACGCUUCUCCAAGACGUGGCGGGAAUUAAGAAUCUGACCAGUAUGAUGGAAACUCUGAGCAAACAAUGCAGAGUUGGCGAGGUGAGCAAUCUGGACCUGACGACGUCGGAAUCGUUGGUGCAAAACCUGUCCGCCGGCUACUCGUCCGUGAAGGCCAAACUGGAAGUCAUCAGGGAAAGUAAAGAACAAAACGCCGCCCCUGGUGAAGUACAAGCGAAAACGGAGCCUGAAGAGGUGGUGGCCACCCCGCCAGCCGAAACGCCUACAACUCUAAAUGAUGCUCCAGCUUCUCCUGAACCGGCACAGGCUCAACCGCCAGGUGACAGUUCGGAGGUGCCUCCAGGAUUGGACGGAUUCAUUUCUAAGGCGAAUUUCUUGGAGCUGAGGCGGUUCCAGACUUCUUUUGAGCAGCACCUAAACCUCCUGCAAGGUCUGGAGGAAGACCAGUCAAUGAAAAAGUUCCGAUUUCAACUCCAGAAAUCGGUGAACACGCCAUUGAACGCAAUCUCAGCCGUGAGUGCCUCGCACCUGAAAGACAAGCUGCAGAGGCUGCAAGCAGUGCUGAGGGGCAACCCUGUCGAAGUCGGAGGCGUCACCGUGUCCGCCAGCGCUCACCCACAAGGGGUCGCAUUCUGCACCUAUUUGCUCGCUGAACGCAUCGUGGAACAAGGCGAGCAAAUCGUUUCAAGCAAGCCCGAAAGUGCCUUUGCCAUCGCGUCCGUGGCUCUGACGCUCUGGUCCGAGUUUCCAGUCUUCGGAGACAUGCUCAUGGCCUACUUCUACACCAAAUGUCCCUUCCUGGUGCCCUACUACCCGCCUAGAGCUAGCAAUACGUCGGACAAGAGCUACUAUGUAUCUUUGGGCUACAAUUAUGACGACGAAGGGAAAAUCGAGCCUCAGGAUAAAUACCUAAAAAGAAUGACCGGCACUGCUUAUUUGUUCUUCGCCAUUCUAACCUCCAAACUGCCCAGAGAGUGCAGCCAUCAGCCGCCACAGACGCUCUCAAUAGUUUGGAAAUGGUUGAGCAGCUUGUUAAAUUUAGACCCGAGGCCCGACAUUUCUGCGACGCUGCUGCUGACGUGUUUGGAGGUGACAGGAAACGCAAUGUGCGCCACUUAUAUGAAGCAAUUUCACAAGCUGGUUGUGGUGAUUGUCAACAGUUACUUCCCUUUGAUACAACAAGUUUCCCCAGAAAUCAACAGUGGGCCCAUAUCGAGACUGGAAUUGUUUUUAUCAAAGACUGCUAGAGGAUUUGUGUUUCCUCCGCCCAAUGGAGCUCUACCAGCAAAUUUUUGGUAGAACUGGAAAGAAAUAAAAAUUUUUUUGACUGUCCACGAAACUUACGCGUGGACAUUUGAAAUUAAA